AUGGCAUAUACCAAUGAUCAACAAGGCCCAUUCUGGGAUUUCGUCCGCGGCAUGGAUCACAACGGCGCGGGUGUCGAUCGCGCAGGCGGUCCCUUCAACAGAGGCACUCAGCCAGGGCGUCCAGCCGACCCUCACCCACCACCCCCUCCUCCGUUUGGGACUGGCUUUCCAUUUGUAGGCUGGGGAAGUCCAGCUCAUGGCCAUUACCAUGGUCCAGAUAGCUUCCCAUUCGGAGGGCCAGAGAGACAUGGACGUGAAGGACCAGGCUUCUUUGGCACGAGGGGCGGGUGUGGAAGACGCCACCAUCGUGAGAACCCCGGUAGCGAGAGAUCAAGAUCGCGCACAGGGUCGCCGGGUGGUGGGCACGAGUACGAGCACUCCGGCCGUGAAGGCGAGGCGAGAGACGAUCACCCUCAUCCUCACCCUCACCCUCAUCCCUACGGCCCACGAGGCGACAGACACGGUCGUGGUGGCCAUGGACCGCGCGGAGAAAGAGGGCCAAGAUCUGGACACCACGGGCCCGAACGCAGAGGUCCUCCUCCUCCUCCUUUCGCCGCUGCAGGACCGAUGAGAAUGAGAUUCGAUUUAAGCGGUCUUUACCAAGCGCUCACCAGCCAUCCAGCGAUUCAGCAGCACCCAUCAUGGGCGCAUAUUCUCCGCUCAUACGCACCGCAAGCUCGAUCUGCCGGCGAGCGGCCUGGCCCUCGAUCAGACGAGACUGGCCCUGCCGACGAAGACGCACCAGAGGAUACAUUUACGCCUCCCAUCGACGUCUUCUCCACCGAGGCCGCCUACGUCUUACACAUCGCCCUCCCAGGCGCCAAGAAGGAAGACGUGGGCGUGAACUGGGACGCGGACAAGGGGGAGCUGAACAUCGCAGGUGUGGUCUACAGACCGGGCGAUGAGACUUUCUUGAAGAGCUUGAAGAGCGGCGAGAGGAGAGUCGGCGCGUUUGAAAGGAGUGUAAAGUUGCCGCCCAGGGGGAAGGAGGAGGAGGAGGAGGAGGAGGGGGCAGAGGUGGAUGGGGAGGGGAUUGGUGCGAAGCUGGAGGAUGGGCUCUUGGUUAUCACGGUGCCGAAGGUGGAGAGGGAAUGGAUUGAGGUGAAGAAGGUUGAUAUCAACUAG